AAUAGAGAGAAAGAAAAAAAAAAAAAGAUUAGACAAAUUGUAAAUAAUAUCACAAAUAUUCAAGAUGAUAACCGAUGUACAACUUACUGUUUUCUGCAACAUGCUUGGAAUUAUGCUAUUUUGUUUAGUGUUUCUAUUUCAUUAUAUAAAUGCGAAUUAUUCUAAAUGAAUGGGCAUAUUUGUAUAUCAUUUCAAGAGAUCAUCAUGUCAAAACAGUUUAUAGGUUAGUCGAUGAUUGUGCAGACCGCUCAUUGCAUUUCCAUACGAUGUAAAUCAUUUGAAUAAUAUAUAAUACAACAUAUUAAUAAAUUUUA